AUGCAAUGGGCCAUCGACUUAGUGGGUCCCUUGCCACCGACGCCUGCCAAGAAAGAAAUUAUGAUCGUCGCCACCGACUACUUUACUAAAUGGAUCGAGGCCGAAGCUCUAUCCUCUACUAAAGAAGCCGAUGUGGAGCGAUUCAUCUGGAGAAAUAUCAUCUGCCCACAAAACAAACAGUUGUCCAUAAGCAGCGUCCUUCGGGAGACGCAGGGCAACGACCAGAAGUGUCCUUCGGGAGACGCAGCCCAUAAAAAGCGUCCUAAGGGAGACGCAGGGUGCGCCAGGAAUUUCCUAAGGGAGGAGCGUCCUAAGGGAGACGCAGGGCGACGACUAAAAGCGUCCGUUUGGAGACGCAGCCCACUAAAAAAGCGUCCUAAGGGAGACGCAGGGUGCGCCAGGAAUUUCUUAAAAGGAGGUCUCCAUGCCUCCUGCGGGAAGUAUCCAGGUUCCUAUCCGUUUCCUAAGGGAGGCAGGAUAGUCAUACAGUUGCCCAUAAGAGCGUCCUUAGGGAGACGCAGGGCGACGACUAAAAGCGUCCGUUUGGAGACGCAGCCCACUAAAAAAGCGUCCUAA